UCCAGGUCCCCGUCACCCUCUACGUUUCAUGAAUCUUAGUAUGGAAAGCCUCCUCAUCAAAGCAAUAUUCGAGGUCGACCACCUUCAGAAGAUCAAGACUCGCUAAUAAGAUGUGAAACUGGCAGCUACUUACAGCGGGAUCGGGACAAACACGAAGAAGAACCAAAUCAAGGAGCUGAUCCGUUAAUUACGGACCAUUCUCUAAGUUCUCGUCACCCUUUGCGUUUUAUCAACUUCAGUUAUGAAAAUCCUCCUCAUCGGAGGAGAAGUAUUCGGUUCCGACCGCGUUCAAAGGACCAUGACUCGCCAAUCAAACAUGAAAUUGGCAGCUAUCUACAACAGCAUAGGGAUAUACAAAGGAAGUGUCACACCAGCAAGCUGAGUCACCUAUUUCGGACCAAUCUCUAAAUUCGCAUCACCCCUUACGUUUUAUGAAUUUCAAUUACAAAAAGCCACGUCGUCGGAGAAAUUUUCAAGACCCACCAUCCGCAGAAGACCACGACUCGCCCAUCAGCCUUGGGAAAUGCAGCCGUCUACAGCCAUUUGGACCAGCUGAGCCACCUCCUAAAGGCCGCUCGACAGAUGCCUAUGGUCCUUCACAUUCUAUAUCUAUAGAUAGGGAGUAUACAGGAGUAUCCCCCGUCGAUGUGCUGUACACAGAUCCAGGAUAUAUCUUGGUACCAAAGGACGUAUUCGACCGGCAAGGAAUCUUAGGUUCUCUAGAAUCUGACGAGCUUUUGACAGAAUACUCAGACGCAUCAAGCAUUUCUGACACGGAAAGAAACGCUUACGUAUACGAGUUGGCUGACGAUCUUUUCGGCAACUUUGGUACAGUCGGUGAGAGUCGGCAUAAACUCAAGGAAAUCUGCGACGACCUGCUUGGCCUACUCAAAGCUUUUGCUUUGAGGUUUGGCCACCAUGCAUCGACGCAACUGCAUAUCGAUGUAAUGCAUUUUGUCCAUAUGCACCAUAGGGAGAUAUCCGAUCAUUUCAAGUCACGCUGUAUGGAACAGAAUUUUCGGGGCGAAGCUAAGGGUUCAGGUGGUCGAAUACCUCUUGAAGAGAUGGUCGAAAAGUGGCAGAGGGACUUUCAGGAACCAACUUCCGGCUCUGUUGCAGAUCCUGCCUUCGUCGAGGAUGACCCUGGGAUACAGCUGGACGAUGAUCGGGACCAGCAGCAACCAGAGCAGAAUCCCGACAACGUAUACGGCGACUCCAUCAUGCGCACACCGGCAUAUCAUUGGUUACUGGACAGUCUUCGUAAGAGACUCUACCUGACGCCUGCAGACUCCACUUGCAAUCCUUCCAUCAGGGAGACAAUUCUGUCGUCUCUGGCCUCUACUCGCAAAGUAAGCAGGAAGACGCCCGCAGAGACAUAUCGGAUGGCAUUCUUUCUCGCGUGGGACCCCUUGUAUUUUCACCGGGAGCAAGGUUAUACGGAGGAGAUUAAGGAAGUGGUGAAGUAUGCCAUCACUCUGACAGGAAACAUGUCCCAGGCACAAGCAAUGCCGUGCGGGCAGUAUAUGUUGCAGACGUGGCCAUCCUCAGCAUCAGUGCUGCUUGAGUUGGUACAGAACGCUCUGCGUGAACCAGGACUAGCCACUCAAGCACACUUUAGCGAUGGAAUGAAGCUCGAAGGCUUGGUGGCUGGGCAAAAGUUUCUUGUGCAGGUGCGCGGUAUACGAGACUCUAUCGCCGAAGCUGGAGAACAACUGGCAUGGCUCGGUUCUGCCCUCCGCUCGUCAACGGAUCAGAAGAUGGCAUUGUGUAGCCCGUACAUUGAGAAGAUCUUGAAGGACUGCCCCGAUGGAGAAACGAUCACAACUGCUGGACCCCUCUAUACUUGCCAUAUCGGCUUCAGAACAUACCAGCAAAAGACAUCCACACCGGUAGCAAACGGACAAUGCUGGCACGACAUGUUCCGAAAUCCGACCGUCGUGGAAGGCUUUCCGAUUUUGGAGAGGCUGGAAAACAUCCUCGGCCUCGAAAUGCCGCUCAACCUCAUGGCAGCUUUGAUCCACACAAGGCGGAUCGACAUGUUUGAUGAGACACCUUUCAUUGAGGGGAUCUCGAGCAUGCUUUAUCCUACCCAAUCUGUGGGAGGCUUUCUUUUAUGGCAUCAUCUCUGCAACAAAGAUAGCAGCAUGGUAGCUUUCACAGAUGAUCGUGUCAGAUGCAGGCAUCAUGCCAGCAGUCUUGACUUACCAAGAGUACGACAUAUCGUGGGGUGGUGUCCGAAAGUUGAAUACCACGCCGGUUCCUCCGAAGCAAUCCUCUCAAUAGAAAAGACCGGGCUGCCGAGAACUCACACAGUUUGUGUUCUCGACAAAGUCGUCCUAAGCGCUGGUAAUUUCAUCACGGGCGGAAUAGAGGUCCUUCUUGGACGCGAAGAUGUGCCCGUGCACGUUUCCCGAAAUGGCUACCGAGGGAAGUUGCAGUGGACGGCCCAAAAAUUCGUGGUUUUAUGGGACACUGGAGAGUGUAAAGGGUGGCUAGUCAACGGCAACACUCCGAGUUCUGCUUUCGGGCCAGAGGACGUACAAGAGCCAACCGAGCCAUAUGGCCUAGGAUCAUCGCUUGAUGUCCUCCUCAAUACUGAAAACAGGCAGCUUCCACUGUAUAGGGAAGAGACGGACCCCAUUCGUUUCCAAAAUCGAGUCGAGGAUCUUUGCGAUACUCUAUAUCUCAUUGCCGAAUAUCAACAUCGAGCUGCUGGGCAGAAUGGCAUCAAAUUGAAGCUGAGUCCGAGGAGGCAUCUUGAAGGAUGGGAUUUCAGAGACCUCGCUCUGGAACGGAAUCACAUCUAUCCCCGAGUCGCCUGCAUCCCGACGAUUGGCAGAGGCUGGGUUGACUUCGUCAGGGAUGUCCAAGCCAUAGUCCUUUUUGGACGCGGAUAUGGCGAAGUCCUUCGGCCUUCUACUGAGCGCAAGAUGAUAUGUACUCACUGGGAUAAAUUGCCUCCAGACAAUUACUACCUGGCUGCUGCUGUUGGUGAUCUGCGGAAGAUCAUGGAAUUGGAUGGGGACGCCAAUGCAAUUCCACCACGACUCAGCGAUAACAUCGCCUGGCACCAAAGGGAGCCAUUGCCUAAGCGUUUUCAUUGUAAAGGGGAGGCUUGUGUGAAGUACCCUGGGUUUGUCCAAGUGCUACUGCCUGCCAAACUGAAGGCUGGUAGUGCCGAGUCGAAGAGUGCCUCCAAUCCGUUAUCCAAGCUCCAAGACGCAAGCGCAGUUGUCUUCGGCCACAAUAAGGUCUUCAGAUUGUUCUAUCCCGACGUGGGACCCCCUCAACAUGGAGAUCCACCAAGCCCAGUGGAUGAGACAAACAGCCCCAUCGACGAUAGCGGACUAGGCACGAGCCUAGGGACUUUGAACUUGUCCACAAGCACUAGUUGUCCUGAUGCAAGUCCACCAGCAGGGAUCGGUGGCGACUCCCCUGACCCAGAGCUGCCUGUCCCUCCAGGAAAAAGCGCAAGAUCCCACGAUGGAACAAAGAGCGGACUUACCCAGUCCUUGUCAGCCGCGGCAGCGGAGGAGGGCGAAUCAGCCAAGUGCACUUGCCAUAGCGAAGUGCAAGCUGGGCCCGGGAAGCGAGCAAACAGGCUUACAUCUUGGGCAAAGCCUAUACUAACAAAGGCGAGAAAGAGAAGAAGACUCCUAGAUGAUGAAUGA